AAGGUAUUUGGGGUCCAAAUCUUCAUAAUCUACUUGUAUUUGAGCGGAGCACGCUGCACUAAACCAAUUCAAGCGGCUCUAUAUGGCGAUUUCUAGCUUUUCGUCCACGGGCAGGUCUCUUGCACUCCUUGCUUCCAAUCCUUCUCUGUCAUCACCACCCACAACAAAUUCAAAAUUUCUUAGUAGUCUUUCUUUCGCCCGUACAACUGCUUCUUUCACCUUACAGAAAAUUACUGUAAAUUGUAAAGCUACAGCCCAGACUGGGCCGAUAGAGGGGAAGCAUGCUGUUGCAGACACACAAAUUGUUCAUCUCCAGCCCUCGGCAGCACAAAUUGUGAAAGAAUUCUACGCUAGGAUUAAUCGCCAUGAAGUAGAAUCAGUAGGAGAUCUUUUAGCAGAGAGUUGCGUGUACGAGGACCUCGUUUUUCCCCAGCCUUUCGUGGGCAAGAAGGAUAUUCUCGACUUUUUUAAGAGGUUCACUGAUGCUGUGAGUACAGACUUGCAAUUUGUGAUUGAUGAUAUCACCAGUCAGGAUGCAUCUGCUGUUGGGGUAACAUGGCACCUUGAGUGGAGAGGAAAAACUUUUCCAUUCAGCAAAGGGUGCAGUUUUUAUCGUUGUGAAAUAUUUGAAGGAAAACGGCAAAUAAUUUAUGGAAGAGAUAGUGUCGAGCCUGCUACAAAGCCUGGUGAUAUGGCACUGGUUGCUAUUAAAGCAGUAACAUCAUUGUUGGAGCGAUUUCCUUUGCUAGCUGAAAGGUUUUAACCGCAUUCUUGGAAGCCUCCCUAAUGAAGUUCUUGCUGACGACCUAUUCUAUGUCUCUAUUUUAGCUCUUUGUUUAUAACUUUGAAAAAAUACUUAUGAGAAAUCUUAAGUGGUCUGUGGAUGUUUUUAACUAUUCACAAUGUGUAAAAGCUUGUUCUAGGAUUACAUCAGAGUUUCAGUCUGUGUACGAGAAUUUAUGGACCAGCUAAUGUUAAUCCAUUUAUGUCUACAACAAUUGUGACU